AUGCCGGACUUUAAGCCCAAGAACCCUGUGCAGCUAGCCCCUCCCAAGGACGACCCUAUUUCUCUGGAGGAGCUUGCCAAAGCUGAUGGCAAGGAGGGAGCGAAGUGCUACGUCGCAAUCAAGGGAAAAGUAUACGAUGUGACCGGCAACAAGAUGUACCAACCCGGGAACUCAUACAACGUGUUCGCGGGCAAGGAUGCCUCCAGGGCGCUGGGCAAGACCUCGACCAAUCCGGAAGACGUCUCGUCAGAGUGGAAGGACCUGAGCGACAAGGAGAAGGGGACGCUCAACGACUGGGUCAAGUUCUUCUCCAACAGGUACAACGUCGUCGGGACCGUCGAGGGCGCCACGAAUUUCGACGACGAGCCUGCCGCCGAGGCCGCCGCCCCGUCCUCCAGCUAG